GAUAUGGACACUAUUGAUGGGAGCGGCUGGCCAUCUGGAGUGGCAGUUGCCAUCAUGCCAGUAGCGCUUGGGCCGCACGGGCAGUGUUGUCAGGAGCAGCAGCAGGAGCAGCAGUGGCGGUGGAACGUCUCCGGAUGCCAGGACUUGAAAUGGGCCAACCAGGAUGGCGAAACCACAGGCAGAGUCCGGGGAAGCAGAGCGGCAUCCCAUCCUCAGGCCUGACCGGAUGGUGUUCGGGUUUGUGAAGGCCUGGACACAUGAGGAGAUGCGUUUGUCCCGGAGCAAUUGGACUAUCAUCCCCAUCCUUAGCAGCUUCUUUUCCAGGAUCAAGAUGAUGACACUCCAGCCUAGGACAAAGGCCCCACAGGAGCUCAUUGUCCUGCAGGAGAGGAGCAGACCCACGUCAGAGAAGAUGGCUGUAUCUUUUCACGGCUCUUCUCUGAGAAAUGAAGCCAUACCACGAUACAGUCUUGAAGAGGAAGCCGGGAAUGGGAGAUGGCAGCAAUCCCUGUCCCUGUGACGCUGGCCUCUCUGGACAAGUCACCCAUUUGGCACCUCUCCCCUUAUGUCCAUGGCAGUGGCACGGUGCUGUAUCCUCCCUGGGCUCUGACCUCUGCUCUGGCCACCCUGUUACUCUGUCUCCCCUGUUUCUGAGAGGCCUAGAUGCCUCUUGAUCUGGCUGAAUGUCUUCAACAAAGCUCACUUCCCUGUCCAUCAGGGAGACAGUU